AUGAGGGAUUCAGAAAAAAGACUCUCCUGGAACAGGUUGCCCCGAGAAGGUGUGGAUGUCCCAUCCCUGACAGUGUUCAAGACCAAGCUGGAUGGAGCUCUAGCAGCAGCAGCAGCAGCGCCUCUCUCGAUCGCUCUUCCGCUCGACUUUCUGCUCGCUUUCCGUCCCCUUUUCCCUCUCACACCCCGUUCACUCCCGUGCCGUGCUGUGCCGCCCGUCCGUGUUCCGCCUCUCCCAUGCCGCGUCCCGCAAGGCGCCCCUCGGCGGGGCCGCCCCCUGCCCUCCCCGCCGCCUCCGCCGGGCUCUCUCCGUACUGCCGGUGGCGCCGCUGCAAGUGCCGCUCGCUCUGCUGCUGGCGGAGCAGCACGGACUUUUGGCUCCACCUGGUCCGGGCUCUGGCCCCGAACGAAGCCCCGGCCCCGAAGGAAGCCUCUCCCGCGGUUCCGCCCGCAGCCGCCCCGCUGCCGCCCGGCUCCCGCUCCGGCAAUCGCCGGGCAAUGGCGAGCAGCAGCGGGGCCGGGCAGGGGGUGCCGAGAGCGGCGCAGCCCCGGCCCCGCUGACGGCGUCGCGGUCCCCCCGCAGCACAAGGGCGCCCUUGCGCCCCUGGAGCUGGCGCUGCUGUGGAUGGUGUCGAGCCCUGGCUUCCGCGGCGUCGUGCGGCUCCUGGACUGGUUCGAGCUGCCCGACGGCUUCGCGCCGGUCAUGGAGCGUCCGGAGCGCUGUCAGGAGCUCUGGUACUUCCCGGACGAGCGGGGGUUCCUGGCGGAGCCCGUGGCGUGGGGGCUGUUCGGCCAGGUGCUGGAGGCCGUGCAGCAGCACCGCACCAGCCGCGGCGUCCUGCACCGCGACAUCAAGGCCGAGAACGUCCUCGUCGACCUGGCCACCGGCGAGGCGGAUCUCAUCGACUUCGGGUGAGGCAUGAUCCUCCAGGACGCGUUCUACACCUGGAUGUCAGGAACGCCGGAGUACAGCCCACUGGAGUGGAUCCUCUUCGGCUGCUACCGUGGCUAGCCAGCCACCAUCUCGUCCCUGGGCAUCCUGCUCUAUGACCUGGUCUGCAGGCACCUUCCUUUCCACAGCAAUGAGGACAUCAUCCACGGCCAACUCGUCUUCCCACCGCAGAUGUCUCAAGGUGAGGAUGCACUUUCUCAUAAACGGUGGCCCUUUUCUAUGGGAAAAAAAAUUCAACCCCCAGUGUUUCCAGGCUGGGACAGAGAGGGUUUUUGGAGCUCCAAGAGCACCCAAAGUCCUAGUUACUGGACUAUGAUGUUGAUGUUGACAAUAUUUAGAGGCUUCCUAUAUGCACGUACUCACAAAAGUUGUGCCUCCCACCCAGAGGAGAUCUCCUUCCUCUGAGCCCCACGUGCAACAGAGAGCGGGAGAAUGGGAAAAAUGGCACUGGCUAUGAUGAUGACAGAAAAAACCCAAAAAACUAGUUGAGUUCAGAGGGAAAAGGAUGUAAGGUAAGGAGACCAAGCUAAGUCCUGUAUGGUAGAUUUUCCGUGGAUGUGCUGUAGGCAGAGCUUGGAGA